GUGUGACGUAGGAGGAAGGAGACGCCAUUAGAGGGAGGCGGAGAGGGAGUGCUCUUCGCCUUUCCUCGGGUGCCUGACGUGGUGGCGGGGGCCCUUCAUUCUCGGACUUCCCUCUGCCCUUCCAGGCUUCGCCCGGAGGCGGGAAGAGAGACAGUGCCUGGGGUUGGCGGGUCGGUGCGGAGGGGCCUGCGCCGGCCGCGGCUGUGAAGGCGCUGCGGUGGCUGUGGGGUGCUCGGCGCAGCUCUAGGGCUCGGGCGGCCAGGAAACGGGAUGGCUGCGGCCGGCAGCAGCGGCGGGGCGGCGGCGGGCAGAGCCUACUCAUUCAAGGUGGUACUGCUGGGGGAAGGCUGCGUGGGGAAGACGUCGCUGGUGCUGCGCUACUGCGAGAACAAGUUCAACGACAAGCACAUCACCACUCUGCAGGCAUCAUUCUUAACGAAGAAGUUAAAUAUUGGUGGGAAAAGAGUAAACCUUGCUAUAUGGGAUACAGCAGGUCAAGAGAGAUUCCAUGCAUUGGGUCCAAUUUACUACAGAGAUUCAAAUGGAGCUAUUUUAGUUUAUGAUAUAACAGAUGAAGAUUCCUUUCAGAAGGUAAAAAACUGGGUCAAAGAAUUACGGAAAAUGUUGGGAAAUGAAAUCUGUUUAUGUAUAGUUGGUAAUAAAAUAGACCUGGAAAAGGAGAGACACGUUUCCAUUCAAGAAGCAGAAUCGUAUGCAGAAUCUGUGGGAGCAAAACAUUAUCAUACUUCAGCCAAACAGAACAAAGGAAUUGAGGAACUCUUUCUUGACCUUUGUAAAAGGAUGAUAGAAACAGCGCAAGUGGAUGAGAGAGCAAAAGGCAAUGGCUCCAGUCAACCAGGAUCUGCAAGGCGAGGUGUACAGAUUAUUGAUGAUGAACCUCAAGCCCAGAGCGGUGGUGGAGGGUGCUGUUCUUCUGGAUAACUGUUCACACUUAAGAAGUUAAACAAACUGUGGAUCAUUGCCCUCAACAUGAAGACUGCCAUAUUCCAAGUCACAUUAUUUUACCAAUGGAAUUAUAGAAUUAACAGUAUUUUAAAUUACGUUUAUAACACUGCAGAGACCUUAAGUGCUAAACUUAGUGGAGUUUGUGACCAGAGAAUUGGCAUUUUUCUACAAAUGUUAACAAAGCAAUUACCAAUGGCCUUUUUACAUAUUUUUUUCUUUAAUAGGGAAUAAUAUGCAUGUAGAAAAGACCUACUUAAAGGCUUCAUUUAUAUUCUUUUAAAUCAAAUCUUUAUUUAAUAACUUAUAUAUGUUGUUGGAAUGGUAUACAUUUUUGCAGCCCUUUGUAUUUUGUGGUAGUUUGAAUUGUAUCACUUCUAGAAAAUAGCAAACUGUUUUUGUUUCUUUUUUUUUAUUAGCAGAUACCUGAAGUACUAUUUUUGCAGGGUUUGCACAGGCCCCUUAACUGUCUACUACUUUGAUAUAAUCUAUAUACAACCUGUAUGCUGAGCUGGUAAAAUACAUUGUAAAAUUACAUAUUAAAUAUUUUAUCUGCUUUUACAAGCGCAAGGUGCAAAAAUAUAUACAAUAGUCUCAUUGAUGACUGUAAAGUGAAUUAACAUUUGGUGAUAAUGCCUAAGCUUUUUGACUCUGAUAUAAAGAUCAUAGCUCCCCUUCACUUUUGUCUUAACUUGAAAGUGGCGUGUUUAAAUUUUCACAUAUACUUUACUUGAAUUAUUGCUGUUGUCAUAUUUUUUGCCUCUCUAAGUCUUUCUGAUGAUUGAACAACAGCAUUUGCCUUUUGGUUUGUUGGGGUUUUUUGUUUUUUUGUUGUUUUGGGGGGAUUUUUUUGGAUAAAAGAGAUGAAUUCUGCUGAUUUUGCUUUGAAGUGGUUACCUUAGAAGUAUUUGGGUGGAGCAUGCUGAGUUUCACUUCUGCAAUGGCUUUAGUUUUCUCUUAGACUUUAUGUGAGAUGGGUUCACUGGCACGAGAAGAGAGGAAGAGGUCCCAGAGAGUUGCCACUCGCCAAGACUCAUUCAUACAGCAUGUUAGGGGGUAGUUUAUUCCCUUGGGGCAGCACUUUUAAACCCUUUGUGAGCAAAUUGUAUUUGUUCAAUGGUUGCCGGAGACGAACACAGAAGUUUGUUCCAUUUUAUAAGAGUUGUCCUUCUGAGUUUCUGUGAAGGGAAACAUUUCAUGUAAUGUGGUUAUAGCGAACACUGGAAAGAUUUAUUAUAAAAUUUUAUUCUUGUAUACUUUGUAAAUUAGUCUCAUUAGAGGGUUUUUUUUUUUCCUUAAGCAUAGGACUGAACUUAAAUUUGUUAAUUUUAAUAGAAUCAGACACUACUCACAGAAGGAUCACAGAUUGUGGAGAUUAACAUAAAUUGUUCUUGUUCUAAUAUAUAUAUUUUUCCAUUUCUGUCAUGCUUGGAAAACUAGUAAAUGUUAUGUCUAAGAUAAAAUGGAAUGGUCCCUGGAUUUACUUCUUAUAAGAAGCAGUAGUAUGCAAUAAAGUUGUUAGCAUGAGCAAUUAAGAGGAUAUAAAGAGGUUACAGUUACUAAAGAAGUACUACCAUAUUUUUAAGUUAAUAGCUUAAACUUUCCCAAAUGGGUUUAAAGUUGAAUUGACACCUAGAUGUUACGAUGCUAGAAUUUUAACUUAGUAUUAAGUGUUCUGUGAGCCCUCACUUUACCUUCUUUACUCUCCUUGCUAAACUCAACACACUGAUCUCUGUUGUGUGUGUUUGGGGAGGGUAGGGUGGGAAAAAUCAGGGAGAUAAGCUAAAAUUGGUUGUUGUUGUUGUUUUUUUAUCAGAUGAUUGUAUAGUCUCUCAGUGUCCUGUGAAGUUUGUGUUUUUGCAGGGCAGCAGGGGAGACAGGGGGAAUCAUGAGUACAAAUACAGGAAAAAUUGUUUUUGUCCCCUUGGUUCUUCCACAGAUGGUAAAGAAAGCCUUGCCAUUUCUACUAGUAUACGUGCAGAUGGGAAAUAAGCUCUUCUCCUUUGGAGUGAAAUAUUUUUUACACUAAUUAGAGAUGAAAUUGAGCUUUAUUCCAAAAAGUAAAGUCUUAAAGCCUGAUAAUUGGAGAGUUGUACUCUUGAUUUUUGACCCUAUAUUAGUGAUACUAAGUCCAGAUAGGAACCUCUGCUCCAGAGUUGCCAGAUAAUUAUUGAUGGGAUAAAACCACUCUCCAUAUUUUUUUUCCUUUACUCUCCCUUGGUUUCUGUGUAUCUUUCCUAACCUCAAGCGUUUCUUCUUUUUUUGACCUAUAAUUUAAGCUAAUUCAUUAGCAACAAUAAAUAAAAUAGAAUACUUGUCCUUGUCCUGAGGCCUGAGAGGUAUUUAGGUAGGAAUAGGAUAAAAGAGGAAUGAAAGAGGACCAGCCAAUUGCAGUAUGUGCAUAAAGGAGAGGUAAAGAGAGGGUAAACUAAGGCUGAGGAAAUUUCUCUGAUACUUUCUUCACCUCUCUAACAUAUCUUUUGUGUUCCUGUCCUUAUAAAUUGUGCUAUUAGGAAGAAGACACAAGUUACUGUAUUGUGUAUUAAAAGUAGUAGGUAGGUAGAACCAAUAUAUUUUUCAACUCGUAAGUGUAUACAUUUAGUAUAUAUAAUUAAAAAUUGGUAUAAGAUAGUCAUUAAAAAUACCUGAAUAUUAUGUUAAAAGUAUACAAUCAUUGUUUCUGUAAUGAUGAUGGGUAUUCUGCAUCUUGUUUUGCUUUGUGAUUAUAGAGGAAAAUAUUGUUUUUAAAAAUGUAUAUUGCAACAGUUUUGGGGUAAACAGCAAUCUGAAAAAAAAGCAUCACGUUAUUGUAUGAAAUAUGAGUGUUCGAAUUUGUUUUGUUCUGGGGAUAUCUCCUGAAAAUACCCUAAAGCUAUGGCUGUUACAGCUAAAUUGAUGGUUUUGUUUUUGUUUUGUUUUUUUUAGUACUAGCUGUAUAUUAUUAGUGAUUACUUUUUAUUUGGCAUUAAAUUAAGAAAUAAGAAUGAUACAGGUUUUCAGUAAGAAAAGAUAAAAUUUGGGACAUGUGAAAGGAGGAUAGUGAGGAGGAGAAUGGAAAUCAGGUAGAUAUGAAACUCUACAACCUGACAUUUUUAUAAUCGUUUUGAAAAUACAUUAUCAAGUCAUUUCUAAAUAAGGCAAUUUAUGCAUUGUGCCAAAUAUUUAGAACAUAUAAAAAAUGAAUUGUGAUACUAUGUCUUUUAAUAUAAUUUGCAAUUUUCUAUAUUAUAAAUGCUACAAGGAGUCUAGAUCAUUGAUGUUAUCUCCAAAUAGAAUUUACCCUUAUAAUUACCACUUACAUUAUCUCCAGAAGUGGUUUGAUCUGUGCCUUUAACUUUUGAAAUUCAUCUUUUGACUUCUGUUUGCCAUUAUAGUUUUCUUUAUAGAUGCAGUUUGGCAGAGAGGGACUACAUACUCUGUGACUAUUGAAGAUGAACUCUUCUAGAAAAGGGUAUAGAUGGUUGCAACCAGCAGGAGCCUUACAAUAAUGUCUGGAGAUACAGAGACUAAGUAGAUCUUUUUUCUUUUCUAAAUUACAAAAUGUGUUACCUAGAUUUUAAUAACUAAAAGCUGGGAUUCAUUGAAUACAUACAUUUACUUGAUUUCAUAAUAGGUGUUGAUUCUAGUAUGUUGCAGUUCUGUAAUUUUCAGUUAACAAAAACAAUAAUAUAUUUGGUGUUGUGGAUCAAAGUUCAUGUUAUACAAAUGUUUGACUUUGAUGGCUUUUCCCUUUUCAAAGGAAACAAAUUAGAAUUCUGAGCAAAUUUUCCUAAAUGCAAGUAUUUUGGCAUUAAUCAUAUGUAAUGAAAACAAUUUUAGAAAUACUCUUAAGAGUUUCCAAUUUCAAGCAACAAUGCUUUGCUUCUAAACAAAUAUCACUUUAAUUUGAUAGACUUUUAGCACUGCUUGUGCUCUUUGGGACUUAGAUAUCAUCUCUCUUCUGAGAAGCUGAGUGUGCUUUGAUAUGUUAACCUUGGUACCACAACUUUUUCUCUGCAGUACAUAGAUGAACAUGGCAAGUUGAUGUUACACAGCACACCCAGUAAGAAUCUUACUCUUAAAGCAUCUUGUCUUCAGAGGCCUGCUCAUACCAAAUGCAUCACAUUAAAGCCAAAAGAUGAACCUGCCUACCUUCAUUCCCAUUGUAUCAGUUCUCACCUUGAUUUUGAUGCUUCUGACAACUGUACCAGCUCUUCAUUAUCAAAUACUCAAGAAAAAGCUAAAAUGACUUCCUUAAAUUUGAGCCUGUGUAGACCAAUGAGAGAAAGGUGAGGGACAGCAGGGAUAAAAUAUGGUAAUGUUGAAAUAUAGACAACAGUGGUAUUUGCUAAACUGUAUCUUCGGUAGCAAACUAUUUUAAGGAAAUCAUCAUAUGUAGUACUUCCUAGAAAUGUAAAAGUUCUUCACUUUGUAUUUAAUUAUCUGAGAAUAUAUUCUAGGAAAAAGAAUAAAAAGUACUCCCCUCCCAGAAGGAAAAUACUGCUCUGUAGUAUAUACUCUUCAAUUACCUUUUUGCUGUGCAUUUUUAUACAUACAUACUUAUCUAUAGAAAUACAUAGUUUUAUGGGUUUUAAAUUUUUAUAUACAUAAAUUCUGUCUUACUAUGCAUAUGUUUUGCAACUGCUUUUUUGUCUUACCAUCAUGUCUAGGAACUGUUAUGUCAGUACAUGCAGACUUUCUUUUUGUUUUCUCCCACAUGUCUUUGGGGUGGUUGCCUUUCAAAAUAACUUCUGACUCUCCAUGAAACCUUACCAAAAGGAAUCUUGUCAUGUAGGUGGAUUUCAUUAGAAUCAUAGAAUUUAAGUGCAAGCCAGUGCUUAGACAGAAUCAGGGUCUCCCUUAUGCAUGUAAAUCAGGAUAUUAGAAAGACAUCUGCUUAUAAUUCAUUUGAAGUACAUUACUUUUGGCCUACUAUUGACUGAUUAAUAUAUACAAUUCAAGAAUUUAGCAGAUUCUUUAUUCAGAAUAGGUUUUUAUUUGAGGGGAGAAGGAAAAGAGGGGAGGAAUAGCUGAUAGGGAAAGCGUACAGGGUAAAGUCUUUAUACAACUCCGGAGUAGUUACAUAAGACAGGACUUCAUGUUGCCAAAAAUUAAAACUUCUAGUUGGUCGAUGCCUUUAAUGAAAAAAUAAAAAGUCCCUUUCAGGUUUCCCUUCCCCCAACAUCCCACAUCCCUAUCCCUCUUAAGAGAUAACCAUUGUUAAUGGUGUGUGUCUGUAUCUCUCAUAUAUAAAUGUUUUUAUUUAUAUUUAUCCUUUAUGAAUUUUCAGUUCCCUGAAAUCCAACUUCAACCCUAUUCAAAUUCCAUCUUCAGUCAACUGACCAAUUUACCAAGAACAAACCAGAAUCAUAACCUCUUUAAAGAAAGUUAUAUCCAUGGUGACAUUCUUGAACUGGAAAUUAACUACUUGAUUCUUAAUAUGUUUUAUGUUUAUCAUAAAUUAAGCUUAAAGAGUAACUAGCAUUCUGGGAAAGUCAAAUCACUGGGUUCUAUACCAUGUGGAAAUAGGGUAGUGUGCUCUAGUACCCGUGACAAAAUUCUGAGUUGGCCUCAUUCUCGGCAUAUUCUUUUUUUUUUUUUUUAAGAUUUUAUUUAUUUAUUUGAGACAGAGAGAAUGAGAGAGAGCACAUGAGAGGGGGGAGGGUCAGAGGGAGAAGCAGACUCCCUGCCGAGCAGGGAGCCCGAUGCGGGACUCGAUCCCGGGACUCCAGGAUCAUGACCUGAGCCGAAGGCAGUCGCUUAACCAACUGAGCCACCCAGGCGCCCUUUGGUGUGUUGCUUUGAGGCUGACAUUUGGCAGUCCUAAUUCCCCAACAAUUAGUCCACUGCUUUGCCAGAACCAAAGCUGUGCUGGUGCCUCUUCCAAUCAAACAUUUAAAAGAUUAUUAACUGUAUAUAGAAUGAUUUGCAAAAUAAUCACCAUGUAUAAGAAAUUCUCAUCUAUGGAAUAUUUGACAAGGAUAUGAUUCUAAAAAAUGAGGCAUUUCCUUAAAUGCUGAAUGAAGAGCUAAAGCUUAAGAGUGGUGUUGAUUGAGACCUUCAUUCAAUCUGGUAAGUAACUUAUUUGUCCCUUUUAUUGACAGUGAAUCAUAGGGAUAGGGGUGGCUUUAAUUAGAGAAAGAAAAAUUGGCAAGGAUUUGUGAUUCAGAACAUUAAAAGCCAAGAAUCCAAAAACAGCCUUUUAAAAACAUAUUGUCGGGGGGCGCCUGGGUAGCUCAGCCAGUUGAGCAUCCGACUCUUGAUUUUUGAUCUCAGGGUAUGGGAUCAAGGACGUGUGGGGCUCUGUACCCAGCAUGGAGUCUGCUUGAGAUUCUCUCUCUCCCUCUGCCCCCAUCUCUCAAAUAAAUAAAUAAAUCUUUUCAAAAGAUCCUCUAGAAAAUAUAUAUUGUCAAAGGAACACAGUAUUUGUAGUGGUGCUUAAAAAGAAGGAAGGAAGGAGGAAAGGAAGUGAGGAAGGAAGGAGGGAAGGAAGGAAAAAGAAAAAGAAAGAAGCUUUAAGCUAAGCAUUGCUUUAAAAAAAAUAUUGUAUUUAAUGAUCAUAGGGAUACCAUCUUUGCUCUGUUUUUUUGAAGCUGACUCGGGCACUGCCUGUUAUAUUUUGGAAAAACUUGAACUAGAAAACUUGAGCUGUUCACCACCCUUUUUGCCUUAGUGUUGAAAACAAUAUAAGUUAGUGUCCCCAAAUUCAUAAUCCCUAAUAGAAAUUUUUAAAAAAACAUAUAAAGUUUUUAGCUUCAGUUUUUCAAGAUGAUUUUGGCUGUUUUUGUUUUCUGGCUACUUUGCAAUUAAAAAUUGCAUGUGCCAGUUACUUAUUAAUUCAAUACAUUUGAUGGGAUAUUCAAAGCAAAUCAUUACACUUACCAUAUUAACUCACAUGAAUUUUUAUGCCAUCUUUAGGUACGUACUCACCAAGAAAUGCUAAAAGGAGCCUCUGCAUGUGCUUAAUGGGGCACCCCAGGUGAGAACUAAGCAGUGAAUGGACAGGAAAAGAGACAAAAUCUAAAAUAACCUUGAGUCAUGAUCUCAGGUUGUCACACUGAUUAGCCUUGUAGGUAGACAUUUAUUUAUCUGAAUAAUAAAUAAUUGAAACUAAUUGUACUUAUGUAAGUAUUGUGGUCAGGAUUCACGUGCUGGUGUUACAAAGUCAUUGGUUAGAUCUUUAAUCUCUGUAUCUGCCUUUGAUGGUCUUUGAUGGUAAUCAUAAAAACUAGCACAUUUGAAAAUUUAUGCCUCAGUUUUUGAAAAUUGGGGUGUGGCGAAUACAGUUAAUAUAAGAUCCAAGGGAUAUAAGGUCCAAUAUAAGGUACAAGGAAGGUUUAGUUAUUAGAGAAAGAACCUUAUCAUGAUGUUUGAGAAAAGCUUUAGAGUUAGUCUGGGGGAGAGUGUCUCAUGACUCUGUGAGGAAAAUCUACAAAUAUUUAUCCAUUUUGCUGGGCAGUUUUAAGAGCUGCUAUUUAUCUGUACUUCCUGAAUUUUCAUCUUAUUUCACUGUAUCACACAGUUGUUUUCUGCACCUUAUAAAAGUUUGGUUUAGAACUUAGAAUUCUUUUUACCACACUUGAAAAUGGUCUGGGGAAGAAACAUUUGCUUUAUCAAGUGGAAUUUCUUUUUUUUUUUUUUUUAAAGAUUUUAUUUAUUUAUUUAUUUGACAGAGAGAGAGCAGGGUGAGGAGCAGAGGGAGAGGGACAUGUAGACUCCACACUGAGGUCAUAGCCCGAUGCAGGGCUCAAUCUCACGCCCCUGAGAUCACAACCUGAGCCAAAAUCAAGAGUUGGAUGCUUAACCAACUGAGCCACUGAGGAGCCUCAGGAACUUCUGUUCUGAUGUAGUAUUUUUAAGAUGCACACAUGACUGAUUUAUCCUUUCUAUGUAGGUAACUGGUAUGGUUUGGAAAUAUUUUAACAUAAGAUUCUUACCUAUGAAGUAAGAAGACUGAUUUUUCUUUUUUUAAGAUUAUUUGAGAGAGAGAGAGACAGAGACAGAGACAGAGACCACGGGGAGGAGCAGAGGGAGAUGGACAAGCAGGCUCUGUGCUGAGUGCGGAGCCCAAUGCAGGGCUUGACCUGAGGACCCUGAGAUCAUGACCUGACCCUAAGCCAAGAGUCAGCUGCUUUACCGACUGAGCCAUCCAGGCACCUGAAGACUGAUUUUCUUGUAUAGUGUAUAGAAUUCAGUUUUCUGUUUCAUGCAUUUGAUUUUAAGCCUUAAUGGCCAUUCUACCCCCCCCCACACACACAUUUCACCUAACAUAUGUAGUUUUUUUUUUAAAGAUUUUAUUUCUUUAUUAAUUUUAGAGAGAUUGAGAGUGGGAGCAGGGGGAGGGGAAGGGAGGAGGAAGAGGGAGAGAAUCUCAAGCAAACUCCCACUGAGCAUGGAGUCCAUGCAGGGCUUGAUCCCACCACCCUGAGAUGAUUUGAGUCAAAACCAAGAGUGGGAUGCUUAACCAACUGAGCCACCCAAGCACCCCUCAUAUAUGUAGUUUUUAAGUGAAAUUAUACAUGGCUUUAGGGAAAGUGCUAUAGACAAUAUGAAUUUCACCAAUAAUGUUUAAGCAAAACUGAACCUAAAAAUUUUAGAUUUUGCCUGCAAUUUCAUAUGUAAAUCCAAGAAAAAAACUUGUAGCUAAAAGGCCUACUUUGUUGCAAAAUAUAUAUGUGACACUUCAAAAGGUUUUCAGUUUUGGGUUCUUUUAUGAGUGGGGACCUGACAAAAGGAUAUGAAUAAAUAAGCAGAUUCAGAAUUUAGCAGGCACUUUGUGUUUCUGUUUUCCUAACAUUCUAUGUAGAGCAUCUUACUGGUCUCUGAAAGAUAUACAAAAUGUUCUACUAUAAUUCAUGUUCUCAAGGAACUUAAAAACCUAGGGGAGAAUUAUCUAACAGAUGCAAGAGAAUUUAGAGACAUUAAAAAUGGAGGAAGUAAAAUUAGUACUUGUAGAAGAUAGUGCAAAGCUUAAGAGUCAACUGAACGUGUCUUAAUAAAGUCACUGGGUAUAAAAUUAAUCAUAGAAAUUAAAAGCUUUUAUCUAUAUAAACAACAGCCAAUUAGAAGAUAUAAUGGAAGAAAAAGCUCCUUUUAAAGUAUGAACAAAGGGGACGCCUGGAUGGCUUAGUUGGUUAAGAGUCUGCUUUCAGCUCAGGUCAUGAUCUCAGGGUUCUGGGAUGGAGUCCCAUAUCAAGCUCCUUGCUUAGUGGGGACCCUGCUUCUCCAUCUGCCGCUCCCCCUGUUUGUGCUCUCUCUGACAAAUAAAUAAAUAAAAUCUUAAAAAAAAAAUAAAGUAAGAACAAAGGAGGGGCACCUGGGUGGCUUAGGUGGUUAAACGUCCCACUCUUGGUUUCAGCUCAGGUCGGUGAUAAUCAGGGUCAUGGAAUAAAGCCCAGCAUGGCGCUCCAUGCUCUGUGCAGAGCCCUUUUGAGAUUCUCUCUCCCUCUGCCCCUCCCCCUGCUUGCUCUCUCUCCUUUCUCUCUCUCAAAUAAAAUAAAUAAAUAAGAUCUUUAAAAAAAAAAGAACAAAGGAGAAAAGAAUACCUAGGAAUAAACAGUAUGCAAGACCACAGAAAGAAAGCUUUGUUUCUCCUGAAAAGAAAGCACAAACACAUGGAGAGGUAUAUCAUAUUCUUGGAUAGGAAGACUUACCAACAUCUACAUGCCAGUUCUUUCUAAGUUAAUCUAUAAAUUUCAUGCAAUCUCAAUAAAAAUAUCAGGAUUUUCUUUUUUUUUCAUAUUUUAUUAUGUUAAUCACCAUACAUUACAUCAUUACUUUUUAUGUAGUGUUCCAUGAUUCAUUGUUUGCGUAUAACAGUGCUCCAUGCAGAACGUGCCCUCUUUAAUACCCAUCACCAGGCUAACCCAUCCCCCAUCCCCUCCCCUCUAGAACCCUCAGUUUGUUUUUCAGAGUCCAUAGUCUCUCAUGGUUCAUCUCCCCCUCCAAAAAUAUCAGGAUUUUCUAAAACUAGAAAGCCGAUUCCAAUGAAAAAGAAAUAAGACUAGCUAGGAAAGCUCUUAAAAAAAGCAGUGAGGACAGACUACUCUUACAAAAUUUUAAAAAUAGAAAACUGCAGAAAUUAAAACACUUUGGUACUGGCAUAUGACUAGACAGAUCAUUAGAAUAAAAUAGGUCUAAAAUUGACUCAGAUAUGGGAAUUUAGCACAAGAUAAAGAUGACAUUUAAUUCAGUGAGGAAAAUAUGGCUUGUUCAUUAAAAGGUGUUAGGACACCUGGGUAGCUAUUUGCAGGAAAAAAUAAAAGUUGGGAGUCAUACCUCAUACCAAAAUAAAAUCCAGUUUUAAACUGAAAUGUUUAAAGUACUUGAAGAAAUCGUAGGAGAAUCUUAAAAGAUUUUAGUGUGGUGAAGACUUUUCUAAAUGUGGUAUAAAAUCCAGAAACAAUAAAAAAGGUAUUCAGGGAGCACCUGGGUGGCUCAGUCGUUAAGCGUCUGCCUUCGGCUCAGGUCAUGAUCCCAGGGUACUGGGAUCGAGCCCCACAUUGGACUCCCUGCUCAGCGGGAAGCCUGCUUCUCCCUCUCCCACUCCCCCUGCUUGUGUUCCCUCUCUCGCUGUGUCUCUCUCUGUCAAAUAAAUAAAUAAAAUCUUAAAAAAAAAAAGGUAUUCAGUAUAAAUUUAUAGUAAUGUAUAAUAUAUAAUAACGAUAAUAUAAAUUCUUCAUCUCAAAAACCACCAGGAGCAAAGAGAAAUUACAGAUUUGGAAAAAAAAUUUGCAAAUCAUAUCAUGCAUUGCUUAAUAUAUAAAGAAGUCCUAGAAUUUAAUAAGGAAAAAAUUCAACAAUCCAAAAGGAAAAAGAUCCAAAACUAUAAACAGUUUUCACAGAAAAGGAUAUAAAUGACACAAAUUGAAAAUAAAAGUUGAACUUCACUGUUAAGAGAAGUACAAAAUAAAAACUAUACUGAGAUACAAGUUUUUAACCUAUUUUUUUUUUGAUCAAGAAUUUUUUUAAAUUUUGUAAGACAUUGUGUUACAUCCUAGAUAUUAUUGGUAAGAAUUGGGGAACAAGUGUUUUUGCUUGUAGAGGUGUAAAUUAGAACAACCACUAAAAAUGGUGUGCUAUCUAUUCUAGAUUUAUUCUUUCAACCACCAAUUUUCCUUCCUAGUCAGAGAGGUUGGAAAAUACAUACAUUUCCCAGAUUUGUUUGUGCAGCUACUGUUCUGGAAGCUAAUUAGAUUUUCCCAAUUAUUUGUUCCCCUCAUGAUUUGAAACGAGAAAUGAGGCAGAGGCCGUCUUUUUGAGGUUCUUGAAUGUUGCAAGAUUGUGGGAAACAUGUUUCCAUGCAGCAGUGAUCAAACAUCUAUCCUCCAACUUCCUGAAUAUGGAGAAGUAGUGAGGGUGGCACCAGCUUCUUAAAAUGACAUUUUAAUCUCUGGAUUGUGGUAUCAGAUCUUCUUUCUCCAGUUUCCCAGGAGUGAGGGAAGGUGGUGGUGGUCUCUGGCUCCUAGCAUAGCUCCACAACGACUUCAGAGGUCAUAGACUCUAGUAAGUCAGUUCUGUAUCACAGUGGGAUUCAUUCUGGGAGGCUCAACCUAUAUUCCUAAACCCUGCUCUUACAGCCCUUUCAAUGACCUUUUACGUUCCAGAGUCCCUAUAACAAGUGCCUUCCUAUUUAAGAUCUCUAGAAUGGCUCUGUUUCCUGCAUUGAAAACUGAAUGAUCAAUUUGGCAAUGGCAAUCAGAACUGUAAAUGUAUUUUGUUUUGACCUCGCAGUUUUACUUCGAAGAAUAUAUUCUAUAGAUAUGCUUGUAUCUGAAAGUAAUGAGUUUGUACAAGGUUUUUCAAUGUAUUGUUUGUCAACAGUAGGAGACAUCAUAAAAUCAAAUAUAGUGCAUGUAUAUAAUAGAAUCCUAGGUAGGUAAAAAAGAAUGAGAAAGCUUUGUAUAUUUAAAAGAAACAAUUAAAAGGCAUAUCAAGUUAAAAAAAAAAAAAAGGACAGG